AUGAUCCCGCGUCUGGACUUUCAGCUGAAAAAUUGCUCCUAUCCCACUUGGUACGAAACCACUCAGAUGGCGUUAGACCUUGAAAUCAUGCUGCCAGGCAAGUGUCUCCUGUCUCCAGUGGAGGACAGCGAAUCGAUCUUAAUGGAGAUUUUCUUCUGUCGAGCAGAGGGAUACACUUCAGAAGAGUUGGUGCUGGACUUCUAUGCCGGGAACGAAACGGAUGUGAAGAUCUGCGGAGUCUACAUCACAAACAUCAGCGACGGUCUGAGGGACGUCCAAAUGAGGAAGGACAGCAUCGUCAGGAAUGCCAUCUACAAUAAAACAGCUCUGAAGAACAAAUACGACGGCAAGGUCACGCUGAAUUUCAAAAAUGUCUCGUCUGAGGAGGAUAGCGACAUCAGAUUGAAUUUCCUCCUGGAAUUCCCCAGUCAGAAAUGUCCAGAACAGCCAUGCAAUAUCGAUUCGGCAACGUUCUUGGCCAUGAUGACCUCUCCCGGUGAUGCAUCCCAUCCGACCAAAAACUUUACAUUAAAGGUCAAUAUGGAUAAGAACCAACAGGAUCUCUACGAGGUUGCUCCUCUCUGUGUGAAACCUGACGCUCUCGGACCUGGCUUCUUUGUUGUGCCCGAAUCGACGCAAGUCUCGGCAGGUGGCACAUUCCAGUUCCAAGCAGGCUUCUUUGUUGUGCCCGAAUCGACGCAAGUCUCGGCAGGUGGCACCUUCCAGUUCCAAGCGGUCCUGAAGAUCCAUCCCGGCAGCGUGGGUCAUUUCUCCAUCACGGUCAACGCGUCGGACAAAGAGGGCGGGAAAAUCGGAUUCUGCGGGAUCGAAUCUGCAGACGGAAGCCACAAUCCUUUCUCAUGCACCCAGCCGCUUUCGGUCUUGCCCAACCAAACGCAUACGGGUUCCAUCACGUGGGACGCAUUCAAGCCCUCUCACUCCUACACUCUCGACCUGGGGCUGCUGUCCAACAUACGCGGAAAUGCUGGAACUCAUCGUGGGAAUUCUUACAGACGAGGAAGCCCUGAGUUGAUGACAAUGGCCACACCGAGCCUGGAUCCAAUUAAUACCAUGGACCAAGUGAUUCAACGAACUUUCAAUUUGUCCUCGGACCACGCAUAUUCAGACGUUUCCCUCAAGAUUUUGGACACCCACGACUCGAUCCUCUUCCUCUUCAACGUGACCGCAAACGCGACGGUAACCUUCCGCAACGUCCCCUGCUCCACGGCCACAAUCACGGAGGAUCGCCGAGGCAUCAGGGGGAUUGAGGAACUGGAUUCGAUCACGUGGGUUCUCCCUUUCCUCGUGCCGAUGCUGAAUAACAUGAAUGCUUGGUUCCGCCUUCAUAGUGGGAAGCCUAAGGCGAUUUCGCUGUCGCUCAAGUCUCUGCAGCCCUUCCUCGGCGUGGAAAAUAUCACUGUGGAGAUGACACUUAUCUUCACUCUGAAAGAAAGACCUGAAGAGCCGAUGGCCAGACUUUAUCUUGGGCGAAGAAGCGGACCAGAUUGGUAUGAAACAACUCAAGCAUCGCUCGUCCUCGACAUUAAGUUCCCAGGUCCCUCCCGCGGAGAGGCGGGGAAGAUCCACGCGAACCUCUCCUCCCCCGGCGGGUGGAUUCCGGUCAAGGAUCUCAACGUCAGUCUCGUUCCGGUGGGAGAGCCUCCUGCUCGUCUCUAUUCCUUUGCAAAUAAGGAACUCGAGCCGCCAGAUCCCAAACCUGUCGUUGCUGUUGUUGGUCCAUCUGAUGCAGUGGAAGGUGAGGAGUUUGAGGUAAAAGUGUUCGUGAAACUUCACCCGGGUUCCGUCGGGUCCUACAAGUUGAGAGUGAGAGAAUCCGAAGGGCGCGCGCCGCAGUUGGGAAUCUGCACGUUGGAGAAACUCGCCCUCAAUUUCACUUGUGCCGAUGGAUUGCUUCAAAAUCUGAUCGCCGUUUAUCAUCCCAAAGAGAAUGGUUCCAAAGUUUCGGCCGAAAUGAAUCUCGGGCUCAUCUCCAGUAUCGAGUCCGAGAACGUCACCAACGAACCGAGUCUCGAUCGAGGCUCCAUAUUAUUCCGGGUGAAAGGAGUCUCCUUCAUGAACACGAAACAAGUCGAUUUGAAAAUCGAGCUGGAGUACGGCAGUGAAAGUAUCGCAGCCUCUGCUCAAUUUUCAGUGAACUCUGCUACACUCAAGACUACCGAAAACUGGAGCCCGAGAAAUGCAGCGAUCCAGGAAUUGAACGGAAACAUGACGAUCCUUCGAUACAACAUAAUCCUGUCGGCCAACUCUUCCUACGACAACGUGACCUUCUUCCUGUCCAUCCCCCCCUGCAAAAAGGAGGAAUGCAUGGGAUACCAGGUGACCGACGUGAAGGCGAUCCUCCACGACCACACGCUCUGCGUCGACUCCAGCUUCGCCACGCCUCUGCUGCCACGCGUCGGAAGAUCCUUCUACCCCCCGAGGCAAGUCUCCUUCGGUUGUGGGUACUCGACCAAGAACCUCACGGUGUUGGUCUUGCACGAAGACGACCGCCCUCAGAUCGAAUUGUGCAAGAUGGCGCUGACGCAGCAUGGAUCCGAGAUCGAUUUCAAGAAUGUGUCGGGAAAUCCAGUGUUGAGCAAGACAUCUAACAAGAAUUUCACGAACAUGGGAGUCAUGACUUUAACGAACAUUUCUUCAAAGGACUCAUUCACGAAAGAAAAUGACGUCGAUCACAGUCUUCUGAUCAACGUGUUUGCUGGGUUUCCAAAGCAAGACUCCGCCGGUUCCAAGACUGUAACGAGGUUGAGGGCGAUUGUCAAGGUUGAGGAGUCCCUCAUUUUCGAUGACUAUCUGGAGCUAUCCCUCUUCAACAUCAAAAGCGACGCGAAACCGUUCUACGAAAUCGUGGAAGGAGAAUCGGGGCAAAUAUAUGGUAACCCUCCGAAGAUUAUGCCCAGCGAAAUGACUGCCAAGCAAGCUGCAUCUGCCGAUCCUGUUCCGGCCUUGCAAAGGUUUAACAUCACCGACUACGUACUCACCGUCGAGAUCACGGCGUACUUCCUGCUCUUCAAAGGUCCCUCCCGCGGAGAGGCGGGGAAGAUCCACGCGAACCUAUCCUCCCCCGGCGGGUGGAUUCCGGUCAAGGAUCUCAACGUCAGUCUCGUUCCGCUGGGAGAGGCUCCUGCUGGUCUCUAUUCCUUUGCAAAUAAGGAACUCGAGCCGCCAGAUCCCAAACCGGUCGUUGCUGUUGUUAGUCCAUCUGAUGCAGUGGAAGGUGAGGAGUUUCAGGUAAAAGUGUUCGUGAAACUUCACCCGGGUUCCGUCGGGUCCUACAAGUUGAGAGUGAGAGAAUCCGAAGGGCGCGCGCCGCAGUUGGGAAUCUGCACGUUGGAGAAACUCGCCCUCAAUUUCACUUGUGCCGAUGGAUUGCUUCAAAAUCUGAUCGCCGUUUAUCAUCCCAAAGAGAAUGGUUCCAAAGUUUCGGCCGAAAUGAAUCUCGGGCUCCUCUCCAGUAUCGAGUCCGAGAACGUCACCAACGAACCGAGUCUCGAUCGAGGCUCCAUCUUAUUCCGGGUGAAAGGAGUCCCCUUCAUGAACACGAAACAAGUCGAUUUGAAAAUCGAGCUGGAAUACGGCAGUAAAAGUAUCCCAGCCUCGGCUCAAUUUUCAGUGAACUCUGCUACACUCAAGACUACCGAAAACUGGAGCCCGAGAAAUGCAGCGAUCCAGGAAUUGAACGGAAACAUGACGACCCUUCAAUACAACAUAAUCCUGUCGGCCAACUCUUCCUACGACAACGUGACCUUCUUCCUGUCCAUCCCCCCCUGCGCAAAGGAGGAAUGCAUGGGAUACCAGGUGACCGACGUGAAGGCGAUCCUCCACGACCACACGCUCUGCGUCGACUCCAGCUUCGCCACGCCUCUGCUGCCCCGCGUCGGAAGAUCCUUCUACCCCCCGAGGCAAGUCUCCUUCGGUUGGGGGUACUCGACCAAAAACCUCACGUUGUUGGUCUUGCACGAAGACGACCGCCCUCAGAUCGAAUUGUGCAAGAUGGCGCUGACACAGCAUGGAUCCGAGAUCAAUUUCAAGAAUGUGUCAGGAAAUCCCGUCUUGAGCAAGACAUCUAACAAGAAUUUCACGAACAUGGGAGUCAUGACUUUAACGAACAUUUCUUCAAAGGACUCAUUCACGAAAGAAAACGAUGUCGAUCACAGUCUUCUGAUCAAUGUGUUUGCUGGGUUUCCAAAGCAAGACUCCACCGGUUCCAAGAAUGUAACGAGGUUGAGGGCGAUUGUCAAGGUUGAGGAGUCCCUCAUUUUCGAUGACUAUCUGGAGCUAUCCCUCUUCAACAUCAAAAGCGACGCGAAACCGUUCUACGAAAUCGUGGAAGGAGAAUUGGGGCAAAUAUAUGGUAACCCUCCGAAGAUUAUGCCCAGCGAAAUGGCUGCCAAGCAAGGUGACUACUUUUCGGGAGAAAUCACCCUCCAGCUGCAGAUGGGAACCAUUGGAACGUACCUGGCGACAGUGAGAAUCCCAGACGUCGAGAGAGGCUUGAAAAUCUGCGGCCUUCGAAUAAAAGGGGCGAGUUCCAACCUCCCUUGCACGGAGCCCGUGCUGAAGCCGUUAGAAGCCACGUAUCACCCCAACGCCUCUCGACCACACUUCACGGAAUCGGUGGUCGAUCUUGGCCUGAUCGCCACUACGGGACCUGAAUACAAAUCGAGUGAGGUGCUGGGUGCCAUUCACCUGGAGGUGCUUGGCAUGUGCACGCUCGACGCCUCUGAGCAAGAGCAAUUCAGCGUGGAAGUUCGGUACGGGGCAGAAAACGUUUCAGUUUCAUCUAAUAUCAGCAUCGCACGUUUGGAUUCGUCUCAGAUGGAUGCUCUGGGAAUGAGAGGGGGGAUGAAAGACCUGGACGGGAACAAUACCUAUCAUCCAGGAUACACGAAGCUGCUCUCGAUCACAAUCACACUCCCUCCUGGGAAACUGUACCCGAAGCUUGCCGUUGCCUUGUGGGAUCCUCUUCCCGGUGUCGAGGAUUACAGCCUCUGCUGUCCCUCGGCCAGGAUCAUUCAUCCGAAUGUUCCCUGUCGAAGGGAGACUCUGUCGGAGAACCUGGGCGUCUUCGCUUCCGAGGAAGUCAACGGCAUCACGGAGAGGAAGGAGUUGGUUCUCAAUUUUGAGGAGAUUCGAACUUACAGCGGAAAUGGAAGCAACCCUCAAAUUUUGGCAGAAAUCGCAAUGAAUGUGAAGGAGAACAUCUCGGACAUGAUCCAGACUGUGAUGACCCAAAACCUGUCAUCGACUGAUGUGCCUCCCGCAUUGAAACUGCCUGUUGGGGUAGGAUUGCCAAAAGUAGAGAUUGAUCAUUCCCUCUUCCUGUUUCCUGCAGAACGGGACUGGAUAGUGAUGAACAUCACCAUCCCCAAUGGAGCCACCCUGCAGCCUGUGGUGACGGUGCAGUCUCCAGCCAGCCAAGGUCGAGCCCAAGUCACGAUGCACAGAGUUCAAGUUCUGCACAUUGGGCAUAAUGUCCCGUUUGUUGAAGCCAACAUGGAGUACGUUUUCUAUUCUUCUCCGAACAUCACCGAGCGGGUGCAGAAGGACGUCGCGAAGAUACAAUUCGGAUUCGUGAGAAACAUCGGUCGAACACACCGGAUCGGCAUAGUCAGCCCAGACGACGACAAGAUAGCCAUAGCUGUCGAGGUCAUGUUGACUGAUCACCCUCGAAACGUGCACGGAGAGGAAUUCAAUGUGACGAUCGAGGCCAACUUCGGGAUGUCCCUCUUCAACGACACCAUUCAGCCCAUCUGGGUCAGGAGGAGCGGAUAUGAACGACCUGAUAUCAAGUCUGCUCUGCAAAUUUCUGAAAUCCAGGGACGUCCCUUCGCAAAAAAUUCGCUGGUCCAGUUGAAGGCGACCGUCCGGCAUUCGAAUACCUCCAACCGAGAAGUGAACAACGCCACCGUGCGGUUCAUCCUCCCUCCUUAUCUCACCCCAGACCUGAAAGUGACGGCGAGCAAGGACAUCGUGCAAGUCCUUACCCCGAACGGGGUCGUCGACGUCAUGUUCAAGCACUUAGUGUUCUUGGACGAGUUGGAGGUAUAUAUGAACAUUACCGUGAACCCGAAUGGAACUCCAACCCCCAAAGGCCGAGAUGGAAGAGUGAACGCGACUAUACUGGGUCGAAUAGUUGGCAGCAUGGACGCACAACAAGGUGGCGGUGUCAAAUGGCCUGAGGAGAGCGACAAACUCUUCCUGUGUGGAAAAACCGGCUUUGCUAUGAUGGAAGUCAGAGAGACGAUGACUCUUCGAUACGGCAUAGUGUGUGAGGAUACACCGUUGGGGAUGAGGUCAAAGGCUAUCAAAGAUUGCCAGAUUGGGGCUUCAAGAGCCUUGAAUGAAGCUUCUGCUCCUCGCUUUGCUCGCAUCGGACAAACAGGAGUUUGGUCCCCUGGCAUUGUUCCGGAAGACAACACCCAACCGUAUCUUCAAGUGAAUUUCGGCAACUUCACCCGAGUGACGGGAGUGGAAAUAGAAAAGCACCUGUACGCACGAUUCAGGACGAUCGAGAAUUUCACCCUCCAGAAGAGCCGCGACCUCAAGACCUUCACCGACCACGAAAACGGAAGCUUCGCGGUAUCGAGCCGGUACGAAUUGAAAACCCCUCUCGAAGCUCGAGCGAUCAGAUUGAUCAUCGUUUCUGCGUCUCGUCCGGAAGAAAAAGAGAACGUUCAAAUUGGUGUUCAGUUGGAAUUCUAUGGAUGUCCCCUGUCGUUCGACAUUCCCGAUGGAUGCGAAUACCCGCCACCACCCACUCAAAUGACUGAUACCGGGUCCUGGAAGCACUACGUCGAGCACAAGGGAACUGGCUCCGUCUUCUUCUGUGACGCGUUCGACGAUGUGCUUCACGGGCGACGGAAGGACCUGGAGAGGCAAGCCGAGCGGAAAACUCUGCCUUUGUACGUGAACGAGCUCCUCGGAUACGAUGAAUCCUUCGGUCGGAUAUUGGCAAGAGACAGCGAAAGGCGAUCCUACCUGAGCUCCAAAGACGGGACCCUCUGGUUCGUAAUCACAAAGGAAGAGUACGACUCGGCAGCCUCAUCCUCCGAUUUCCACCCCGCCACACCCGUCCCUGCCAGCGGAAGGAAGCCGCCUUCAAUUCCUCGCCCUGACCACUUUCCCCCUUGGGCCGGUGACACGGAUGGACUUCAUCACGAAGGAAAUAUUGCUGUGGAAUGGAGCGUCUGUUGCCAUUGAACCCCUCGACAUUUUGAGAAUCGUAUUUUCUGACCCCCUUCUCGUGGUUAGCACGAAUAAAGUAGUCUUGC